AUGGUUGUGGCUGAUUCAGUUUCACAUAUAACACAGCACCUUCAACAUCAGGCUCUUAAUUCUAUUUCUGUGGCCAAGAAAAGAGUAAUUUCUGACAAAAAAUAUAGCGAACAGCGUCUUGAUGUGCUCUCUGCCCUAGUUUUGGCUGAAAACACUCUAAAUGGACCAAGCACUAAGCAACGACGACUUAUUGUUUCUUUAGCACUAAGUGUUGGCACACAACUGAAAACAUUUAAAGAUGAAGAACUCUUUCCACUUCAAGUAGUCAUGAAAAAACUGGAUCUUAUCAGUGAACUUAGAGAACGAGUCCAAACACAGUGUGACUGUUGUUUUUUAUACUGGCAUCGAGCUGUCUUCCCAAUUUAUUUAGAUGAUGUAUAUGAAAAUGCUGUUGAUGCAGCCAGAUUACAUUACAUGUUCAGUGCUUUACGCGACUGUGUACCUGCUAUGAUGCAUGCAAGGCAUUUAGAGUCCUAUGAGAUACUUCUGGAUUGCUAUGACAAGGAAAUUAUGGAAAUUUUAAAUGAGCAUUUGCUGGAUAAGUUGUGCAAAGAAAUAGAGAAAGAUCUGCGACUUUCUGUGCAUACUCAUUUAAAGCUGGAUGACCGAAACCCUUUCAAAGUUGGCAUGAAAGACCUGGCCCUUUUUUUCUCUCUGAAUCCAAUUCGAUUUUUCAAUCGUUUCAUUGACAUUCGAGCUUAUGUAACUCACUACCUAGACAAGACUUUCUACAAUUUAACAACGGUAGCUCUUCAUGACUGGGCUACUUACAGUGAAAUGAGAAAUUUAGCUACUCAGCGUUACGGACUGGCUAUGACAGAGGCACAUCUUCCUAGUCAGACUUUGGAACAGGGCCUUGAUGUUUUGGAAAUUAUGAGAAACAUUCAUAUAUUUGUGUCUCGAUACCUCUAUAAUCUCAACAAUCAGAUUUUUAUUGAGCGAACAAGCAAUAACAAGCACUUGAAUACUAUUAAUAUUCGGCAUAUUGCUAAUUCAAUUCGAACACAUGGCACAGGAAUCAUGAAUACAACAGUUAAUUUCACCUACCAGUUUUUGAAAAAGAAGUUCUACAUAUUUAGCCAGUUUAUGUAUGAUGAACAUAUCAAAUCCAGAUUGAUUAAAGACAUUCGAUUUUUCAGAGAAAUCAAGGACCAAAAUGAUCACAAGUAUCCUUUUGAUAGAGCAGAAAAAUUCAAUCGAGGCAUCAGAAAACUUGGAAUAACACCAGAGGGACAGAGCUACCUUGAUCAGUUCAGGCAACUCAUCAGCCAAAUUGGUAAUGCUAUGGGCUAUGUACGAAUGAUAAGAUCUGGUGGUCUUCAUUGUAGCAGCAAUGCCAUUAGAUUUGUGCCUGACCUUGAAGAUAUUGUAAAUUUUGAAGAACUAGUAAAAGAAGAAGGUCUUGCAGAAGAAACAUUAAAAGCAGCAAGGCAUUUGGAUUCAGUCCUCAGUGAUCACACACGAAAUUCUGCCGAAGGCACAGAAUAUUUCAAAAUGCUUGUGGAUGUUUUUGCUCCAGAAUUUCGAAGGCCAAAGAAUAUACAUCUUCGAAAUUUCUAUAUCAUUGUCCCCCCUCUGACUCUCAACUUUGUAGAGCAUUCCAUUAGUUGCAAGGAGAAAUUGAAUAAAAAAAAUAAAAUUGGAGCUGCAUUUACUGAUGAUGGCUUUGCCAUGGGUGUGGCUUACAUCCUAAAGCUUUUGGAUCAGUAUCGGGAGUUUGACUCACUUCACUGGUUCCAGUCUGUUAGAGAGAAAUACCUUCAGGAGAUAAGAGCAGUUGCUAAGCAACAGAACGUGCAGUCAACUAGUCAAGAUGAGAAACUACUACAGACCAUGAAUCUUACACAGAAGCGACUGGAUGUCUAUCUACAGGAAUUUGAAUUGCUGUAUUUCUCGCUGAGCAGUGCAAGAAUUUUCUUCAGAGCAGACAAGACUGCAGCCGAAGAAAACCAAGAGAAGAAAGAGAAGGAAGAAGAGACCAAAACAAGCAAUGGAGACCUGUCCAACAGCACUCUGUCUGCUGAUCCUGUUGUGAAAUGAUAUUGAUGGUAUGCACUGCCCAUAUUCAUCAGAAUUGUAUGAAAAUUUUUGCCUGAGAAAUGGAUGUUAUAAGCUGUUGAUGAAUUGCUUCCUGGGUCACAACUCUGGAAAAUAUUCAGAUGUUGCAACUGUAAGGCAGUGCUCUAAAGUUAGGUCCAUCCUGUUUUCAAAGGCUCUACUUUUCAAAGGUUGAGAGUGAGAUUUUAAAAUUGGAUUUUUGCCUGGACUUUAAGGCUAGAAGAUUUCUAGGAACAGUUAUUUGAAGUGAAGUUAUAGAAGGGCAAAUCCAGAUUCGUAACUAUCACCUCGGAUUGCCUAUAGUCUACAUGAGUGUUUGUAAUUUCUAUUUGCAUAGGUCUUUGAUCUAUAUUUAUCUCAAGUCAUUGGAAAUUCAAUGCAUAUACUAUAUACAGCCAGUAAAUGCAAGCUUAACAGAAGAAAUUGAGCCUGAAAUUCAUUAAACAUACUCAUCAAUAUUCUUAUAAAAGGAAUAUAUGAAGAUGGCUUUGAUACUAGAGGUGAGGCACAAGUGUGUUGUGUACCCUUUGUGUACAGUAUAACUAAUGAUCAUUCUUUCAUUGUUAAUUUCAUGUGACUCACAAGAGCUGCUGAUGUCAUUGAAACAUUUUAUAACUAGUUUACGUUGCUUUGAGAACAUAUAACCUCCAACAACUGCUUUAAAUUUAAGGUUUACUUAAUAUUCAAAGAAAAUUCAGAUAAAGCCAUAGAGUCCUGUUUGAAGCUUCACUUCUCUUGUGGUUGAAGGCACUAUGUAUUAUAUCAGAAAAAACUGAAUGAAUUAUUUCUACAUCCAAGCUCAGGUUUCUUCUACAUUAGGUUGAAUUGAAAUCUUGGUGAUGGUUUGGGUAGACCUUUUCUUUAUAUCAAGUAUAUUCUAAGAUGGCAGAUUAAGUAACAAUUGCACUGUUUAGGCUUUGAAAAAAUUACCACUGUGAGAAUAAACUCUAAUGAAAUAAACCAUCCCUCACUGAUUUCAUAAGUAGUGAAACAUUCUAAGUAAAUUUUUUUCCCAACAAGUUGCUACUAGCUUUAUUUUUGUAAAGGGAUGUAAUUAAUAGUUACAUUUUAAUCAUGGCCUUUCAAAAAAAUAUAAAAUGAUACCUUUACAAUAAAAACAGAAGUUUAAAACUUUAAAUGUAAUACAUACAUCAUUUUGGGAAAUGCUUGAUUUUUCUAUUGCAUUUGCCUGCUAAACAUUUAUUUGGAUAAAUCCUGCAAGUAAUUCUAACAUUGCUCUUUGAUCCAGCUUCUGGAAUGGGUGUGCAGUGCCCUGUCUGUACUCAUUGGUAAGAUUCAGUGUCAUUUUCCAGCCCAAGAUAAAUACUUACACUGUUAAAAGUCAGAAGAAACAGAAUAUGUAGGAAAUGUGUUUUGUUUAUUAUGUAAACAUGGCUUAAGGAAUUAUGGACAAUGGAUGGGUUAAAGGCAUUUAAUAUUUGUAAUUCAUACUAACUGUAGAAAUGGCCCUAAAGCAUGCUGCAUAAUUAAUAAUUUAUAUUUUCAGUAAUGUAAAUGUUUAUAUUAAUCUUGCAUUUGAUUACAGCAAAUUAGUCACUUUCCUAGCAGCAAUAUUGUUUUCUUCUGUUUUUCUGUAACUUCUCCGAACUCAUCCCCUCUGAUAGGGACAAAAACCGUGAUUAGAAGAGAAUCAAGUAUUCUGUUUAUUAUCCCCACACAUGUAAAUUACUUAUUUUAUCAACACUAGUUAGAGUUCACAUGCUGACUCCCUGGAUGCCUACAAUUGGGAAGAAAAUGACAGAUUAUUAUGAUUAUUUUACCAUUCAUUCAAAAUAAUUUCACUGCAGUCAGAUAAAUAGUUCAUAUAUUUGAAAUGAAAUCUUGGGAAUAAUUAUUUAAGUAGUAAUAAACUGCAGAGCAACAGGGCUUCAGUGUAUCCACACCUAAGUUCAUAGAUACAUUUGGAUGAUGGUUUCCCUUGCCUAACAUAGUAAUGUUAAUAUUUUUAUUUUUUCAGACAUACUGUAAUUUAAAAAUUAAUGUGGACAUAUGUUGUAAGUUCACAGAAAACUUAAAGAUGUUCAAAUCCUCAGGAAUUAAGGACUAACCAUAACAUUGUUCUAAUUAAAUUUUGUAAACGAUGGCAAGUUUGUUACUUCACUUGAGUGGGGCGACCCUCUCUCCCCGGUUCUAAGAGAAUACAAUAUGUAUAAUAAAACAUUAAUAAAUGUAAUUUCAAAUUUUUC